UUUGUUUAUUUGUGCAUGCAGCUUGGGGGUCUUAACUCAAUGUUAUGUGUGGAGCAUUCUCCUUCCCUUCCACAUGUUUCCAAGGCUCCCACAAUCAUUCUGGGCAUGGAUGUGUCUCAUGGGUCACCUGGCCAGUCUGAUAUUCCAUCUAUUGCUGCUGUUGUUAGCUCCCGACAUUGGCCUUUGAUCUCCCGCUAUCGAGCUUCUGUAAGAACUCAAUCUCCAAAGGUGGAGAUGAUAGAUUCCCUGUUCAAGAAAGUUUCUGACACUGAGGAUGAAGGCAUAAUGAGGGAGCUUCUCCUUGACUUCUAUACGAGUUCUGCAAAACGUAAGCAGAUCAGAUAA